AUGGCAGCGCUCCGAGCGUGUUGUGGGGGGGGGGGACUGUGUGUGGCGGUGGGGUGGCGGGAGGGCGGGGGGGGUGGGGGGGGGGGCGUGGGGUGGGGGGAGCGGCGGGGGGGGGGGGGUGGGUGGUGGAGGGGGAGGGGGGGUUCUGAGGGACGAGGGGCGCGUGGAGGGAAGGGGGGAGGAGGUUGGGGGUUAGGGGGGGUGGGGGAAGGGUGGGGGAGGUGGGGGGGUGGGGAAGGUAUGGGAAUAGGGAGGCGGAGUGGACGGAGUUUGGGGAGCUCGUGGGGGGUGUGUGGGGGGUUGGCAUUUGGGGGUGCGGUGUGGGGGGGGGGCGGUGGGGGGGGGGGGUGGGGGGUGGGGACUGGAACGCGGGGGUGGGUGUGCGUGGUGGUGGGGGGGGGGAUGUCGGUGGGGUGGGUGGAUGGUGGCAGAGGGUGGGGGGGGAUGAACGGGGGGGACGGCUGUGGACUGGGGUGGCGGGUGGGGGUGGGGGUGGGUGGGUGGUGGGGGGCAGCGGGGGGGGGAGGGUGGGUAGGGGGGGGUGGGGGGGCGGAGGUUUAUGUCAGGCUGGGCAGGCGGGUCGUGGCGUGGGCGUGUUCUGUUGAGUUUGAUGGUGUCUGCCGUUUGGCUGUGGGUGGGGUUCUGCGCUAUGGGUCUUUGGGUGUGGUGGCUGUGGCCGGAUGCGGGCUGAUGCGGGGCGGGGGUGUGGGGCGGGGGGGGGGUUCGGGGGUGGGGAUGGCGCUGGAGGGGGUGGGGCGAGGGGGGGGUGGGGGGGGGGGGAGGGGUGUUGAAAAGGGGGCCCGGUGUGGUUGGUGGGCGGGUGGGAGUGGUGCGGGGGGGGGGGGGGGCGCACGUGGUGGUUGGGUCGGUUGGGGUGUCCGUAUGUUAGGAGUGGGUGGUGGGGCGUGUGGCGUUGCGGGGGGUGUGGUGGGCUGGGGGGGGGGGGGUGGGUGUGUGAGGGUUGGAGGGAGAGGGGGGUGGGGGGGGGGGGGGGAGGAGGGGCGGGGGGCAGUGAGAUGGGCUGAGUGGGGGAGGGGAGGCGGGCGGGGGGGAAACGGGGUGGGGAGGGUGGGGGGGGGGGAGGAGGGGGGGGGGGGGCCGGUGGGGUAUAUUGAGGGUACGUGUGACUGCGGGAAGGCAUGCUGGUUGGGGUUGGGGAUGCCGUGCUGUGGGACGGUGCCUGAUCGGGCGGUUGUGUAUGGGUGGUGUGUUCGGGAGGUGGGUUCUGCGCAGGUGUGGGGUCGCGGGGGUGUUUGCGGGGGGCAGGGGAAGGGGAUGUUGGGGGGUAUGGGAGGGGUGGAGUGUGGGGGUGGGGGUGUCCGUGUAGUGGGGUGUCUGGUGCUUGGUGGCCGCGGGGGGGGUGUCCUGAAGAGGUUUGUUUGGUGGGGGGCGGGGGGUCGUGGGUCUGGCGAAGUUAGGGGUGGUGGGUGUGGGUGGGGCGAGGACGGUGUUGGGGAGGUGGUCGGUGGCUCUGGGCAGCGGGGAGUUGGGGGUGUGGGGUGGCUCUGUGUGAGGGCGUGGCGGGGGCGGGGGGGCUUUAUGGGUGGGGUGGGAGGUGUGGGUUACUGCGUUUCUGGGUGUGGGUUGUGGGGGGUGCCGUGGCCAGUCUUGGCUGGUAGAGGGGGUUCUACUACUUGGGGGGUUAUUGUGUGGGAGUCCUGGGGGGGGGGUGUGAGGUCGGUGAGCGAGGGGGGGGGGUGGGGGCGGGUGGCACCGGUAGGCUUGCCGGGGUGUAAACCGGGGGUGUGCGCGGGGCCGUGUGGCGGUGGUCAAGCACGGAGGGUGGUCUGCCUGGGAAUUCCGUUGUUUCGUUCGUGGGGGAGGGCGGGUAUGACGCGCGCGUCUGGUGGGCUGGGUCCUCCCCUGGGGGUUGAGUGCGGGCGUGUGGCGGUGUGGGGGGCGGGGGGUGGUGGCGGGGGGUGGGCGGUGGGCAGGUGGGCGGGUGAGGGGGGGCUGUGGGGGGAGGGGGGGGGGCGGGGGGGGGGGGGGGGGGUUGGUGGGGGGGAGAGGCACAGGGCGAGGUGGGGGUGCGUGGUCGUGGGGGCAGAGGGGGGAGGGAGGGGGCGGGGGUGCCGGCGGGUGGAGGGGAGGACUGGCGGGGGCGGAGUAGGGGGUGUGGGUGGGGGUGUGAGUGGGGGGGGGGGUGGCGGGACGGGGGAAGGGGGGGGCGGAGUAGGUAGGGUGCGGGGAAGCGGAUGGGGAGGGGGUAGGGGUGUGGGGAAGGGGCGGGGGAGGGAGGGGUGGAGGGGAGGGGGCGGUGGUCGUCGGGGCUUAUGUGUGGGUUGCGGGGCCCAGAUGGGUUGGGUGACGCGGCUUUGGGGGGGGCGGGGUGACGGGCUCGGGGGUGGAUUGGGGGGGGUGGGGGGGGGGGGGAGUUGCGGCUUUGCGGGUGGGGGGGUCGGUUGGUGGGGUUUUUGCACGUGGGGGGGGGUGGUGGGAGUUGGGUUAUUGUGGGCGGGUGGGGGGUUUGGGACGAUUUUGGGUUGUGUCGUGAGAUUGGGUGGUCGGUGGCUGAUACGGUUCGAAGUGUGCGUUGUGUGGGUCGAUGACUUGAGUGUGGGCGUGGCGGGGGGGGGGGGGGAGUGUGGGCGGCGUGGGGGUUGGGGGGAGCUGGGGUGUGGCGUGGGUCGGCUCGGCGGUGGUCGUUGGGGGUGGGUGAAGGUGGUAUGUGAGGUAGUGGGGUGGGGGUUGCGUGGUUGGGUGCAGGGGUGGCGUGUUUUGGUCGUGGGCGUGGGUGGUUGGGUGGGUUGGGGAGGUGAGGGUUGGUGUGUUGGGAUAGUUAGGGGGGUGUGGAUCGUCCGUGGGCCUCUGCUUCAGACGCUCCCGUCCCUGGGGGCAGUGCGCCGCUGCAGUUCAUUCAAGGCCACAGACCUUCGGGUGCAGCUGUGUUCCUCUCGGGCCCCCAGACCAGAGCCUGGGGCCCUGGUGUUUGGGAAGACCUUCUCGGACCACAUGUUGGUGAUCGAGUGGAGCGACAGCGAGGGCUGGGACCGGCCUCUGAUCCAACCGUUCCAGAACCUGUCCCUGCACCCGGCCUCCUCCGCCCUGCACUACUCUAUAGAGCUGUUUGAGGGGAUGAAGGCGUUCAGAGGAGCUGAUGAUCACAUCCGAAUGUUUCGUCCGAUGUUGAACAUGGAGAGAAUGGAGCGCAGUGCGGAGCGCUGCUGUUUCCCUGCCUUUGAUAAAGCAGAGUUGCUGAGCUGUAUCCAGAAGCUGGUGGAGUUGGACCAGGAAUGGGUUCCAUACUCCCAGAAUGCAUCCCUCUACAUCAGGCCCACGUUCAUCGGCACCGAGCCGUCUCUCGGCGUGUCUCGUGCCGGUCGAGCCAUGAUCUUCGUCAUCGUUGGACCCGUGGGGCCGUACUUUGCGACUGGAUCCUUUAACCCUGUGUCUCUGCUCGCUGACCCCGCCUUCGUCCGGGCCUGGAAGGGGGGGGUGGGGGCCUACAAGAUGGGGGGGAACUACGGUCCGACCAUCGCGGUGCAGAGCGAGGCGCUAAAGCGUGGCUGUCAGCAGGUGCUCUGGCUCUACGGCCCCCAGGAGGAGAUCACAGAGGUCGGAACCAUGAACAUGUUCAUCUACUGGAGGAACCAGAGCGGAGAGAAGGAGCUGGUGACACCUCCUCUGGAUGGACUCAUUCUGCCUGGAGUCACCAGACAGUCUCUGCUGGACCUGUCCCGCUCCUGGGGGGAGUUCCAGGUGUCUGAGCGCACGGUGCUGAUGCAGGAGCUGAUGGAGGCUCUGGAUCAGGACCGAGUUCUAGAAGUAUUUGGAGCUGGUACUGCCUGUGUGGUCUGUCCUGUGGGGAGUCUGCUCUACAAGGGACAGACGUACCAUAUUCCCACUAUGAAGAAUGGACCAGAUUUGGCAAAACGUUUUUACACCGAGCUCACGGACAUCCAGUAUGGACGCAAAGUGAGCGACUGGGCGCCGCUGGUUGUGUGA